CGGGUCCGGUAUUAUAAACGAAAUUAUAUUUCCGUACACAUCGUCUGCUGGAUAACCGAUGGAUAACCGAGCUAGGUACUCGGUAGCAAGGGAAGCGGACGUAAAACCUAUCAAGCAAUCGAGCAAUCAAUCCGUACACAAUGCUAGCGCACCAUUCCAAACGUGUGGGCUUGAUUUAUGCAGAAAUUUGCUCAAAGGCUUCUAGACAGCCUAAUGUUCCUAAAAGAAUUGGAGGUUUUUCAACAAAACAAGCUCAUUAUUUUCACAUGACCACACCGGCCAUGGCAGCUACAAUGAGCGAAAACGGGACAAGGCACAACACAAACGGCUGUAAAGGAGAUGAGUGCAGUGGUGACGCACGAAAGAAAAGACACGAUGAGGAACAUUACCUUGAUGCCGUUCAACAGAUUUUGGACCAUGGUACUCAAAAGCCCAACAGAACAGUCAAAGAAGCCAUCUCCAUCUUUGGUAUGCAGAUGAGAUACAAUCUAAGAGAAGAUUUCCCCCUGCUGACUACCAGGAAGUUAUUCUGGCGUGGAAUUGCGGAGGAGCUGCUCUGGUUUAUUCAAGGUUGUACCAAUGGAAACAAACUAAAGGAGAAAGGAAUUAAAAUCUGGGAUAAACACGGGUCCAAAGAGUUUCUCAGUAAACGUGGCCUUGGCGACCGCGAGGAAGGUGAUCUUGGUCCUGUGUACGGUUUCCAAUGGCGACACUUCGGAGCUGAAUACAAGGACAUGCACGCAGACUACACCGGAAAGGGCAUAGACCAACUGAGAGAUGUCAUUGCUAAAAUAAAGAACAACCCAAAUGAUAGGCGCAUUAUCAUGUCCGCCUGGAAUCCUCCAGAUUUACCAAAAAUGGCUCUUCCUCCCUGUCAUGCCUUUGUCCAGUUCUAUGUUGCCAACGGUGAGCUGUCGUGUCAGCUGUACCAGCGAUCAGCAGAUAUGGGACUUGGUGUACCAUUCAACAUUGCCAGUUACGCUCUGUUAACCUGCAUGAUCGCCCAUGUGACAGAUCUCAAGCCUGGUGACUUUGUACAUACCUUGGGAGAUGCUCAUGUAUAUGUGAACCAUGUUGACGACUUGAAAGGACAGCUUGCUAGAGAACCCAAGCCAUUCCCGAAACUUCUGAUCAAAAGAACAGUGGAAGACAUUGAUGAUUUCAAAUAUGAAGACUUUAAAAUUGUGGGCUAUCAAUAUCACCCAAAAAUCGAUUUUGAAAUGGCAGUGUGAUGGGGACAAAGUCUUGUGUGUGGAGGAUGUGGAAUUAGAUCUGACAGUGAUUCUGUUUGGAAAGUCUUUUUUCAACAAAUCAUGCAAAUAACAAAUUCUCACACGAAUAAUUAGAUAAGAUUAACGUUACACAAACCUUGUUCUACAAUUUCCAGUGAGGAAGCUGAAGGAACAGAAUUUUUUGCUGCAAUAUCUGGGGACUGGAUACAUAAUACAGAUUACUGGAGGUGUUAUUUAAUUUCAUGCAUGUGAAUUAAUAUUUCGCAAUUGAGAUUGUUUACAGACUUACAUAUAUUUCAUCAUGUAAAGCUGUGGAAUGUUUGUCUCUGUGUUAGGUACAAAACCUGUUUUGGGAGGGUUCUGUCGCUGUAUACCUGUAUGUGUAAGUUUUUGAUGUUUUAUUUGUGUAUAUUUUCAUACUUGAUAUUGGUGCCAUGUCUGCUUUAUUUGACUUGUAUACAUCACAUUAAAUACAUUUUCUUAA